UCUGAUGGUAUUUUACAUUUCUCGUCGCAUCAUGGAAUUCGACGCACCGACGUUCGAGGAAGCUUCGUUGAAGGUUGACGCCGCCAAGGUCGUUGUGGCCGCAGACGCCUAUGUUCCUGGCCAAGUGAUCUUUGCCGAAGUCGCCACCGUCUCGUCUGCCGGCGGUGUCGAGCCUGAAGAAGGGUUCCACGACGAACACUGCGAAGACGACGACUGCGCCGGAUGCACGGCGGUCACCGAUGACGGCGACGAUGAACCAGUUGACGAACUGGACGAAGUUGACUUGACUGCGGUCUCCCCAUACGUUGUGGAACAUUUCGACGAGCUCAUGGACACGUGCGAACCCCACGAAGCGUUGUCUCUUGUCGACGUGCGCAAGAACUUGUUCAAGUUGUUUCACUUGUACGAAUCGAACGAAUCCGCGGUGUCGCCUUUCUUGUCGAUGGACGUGCUGGCUGACGACGUCGUGGCGUGUUUGGAUGCGGCAAAGGCUCUGCGUGAAGCCCAUGCCGGCGUCAUCCCUGCAUCGUUGUCGGACGACCAAGUUGGCCGCCUCAUCGGCGUGUUGAACAAGUAUGCGAUUCCGUUGGAUGACAUUUCCGGGUCCGGUCUGUUCUUGCACGUGUCCAAGUUGAAGCACAGUUGCGAACCGAACGCCAACUUCACCGACUCGGGGAACGCGAUUUGGAUCACUGCGAUCCGCCCGAUUGCUGUCGGGGAAGCCAUCACGGUCGACUUCUUCAACACUCACUACAUGUGCGCUGCCGAGCGUUUAGAAGUAUUGACGGCAGAAGGCCAAGUGUGCACGUGCGGCGUGUGCUCGGGCGUCGAAGCAGACAAGACCCGCGCGUUCAAGUGCCAAGUGAGUGGGUGCGAUGGCUUGGUGCACCCCACCAAGGCAGUGUUUGAAUGCACCAAGUGCCAUGCGAUCUGGGAUGCGGAAACCGUGGCUGCCGCCGAGAUGGAGGAAACCACCUUCACGACCGACUUGGAAGCCAGCAACUUUGUCGAGCUGGACUUGAUCAUCCAAGACUCGCUGCUCCAUCCGUACCACUAUAUCUUUUACUCGGCGAUGGAAGUCUUGACCGACGACACGGUGCUCGACGUUCAAAUGACCGAAGACCAAGCCCUGUCCGUGCUCUACCGCCUUGUCGAUGCGUUGGAGUACGUCGUUCCCCGUCCCCACUCGGAAAAGGUGUCGCUGUACAACUCGCUGGCGCAAGCCCACAUCAGCAAUGGCGAAAUCCCCAAGGCCACCGUCGCCUACACCCACGCGUACAACGUGUGCGCGAUCGUGUUUGGUACCCAGUGCAAGGAAACCGUGAUGUUCAAGGGGCUCAUGGAAAACACCCCCACGACGGUCGACGAGAUGGCUGCCGCGUACGGGUACGAAGUCGUCCCGGAAGACGACGAAGAGUAAGCUGCUAUAGAUUUAUAAUACUUAUCCCGAUUGUGGUCGUCAUGGACAGUUGAAACGUGUGACGUUUAUGGACA